CGGCCCAAGAACUGCUUUAUGUUAUACCGAUCUAUAAUUCUGCCGAUGAUUAUGGUUGAACUUGGCAUGAUUAACAACAGAGUCAUCUCCAAAAUUGCAGCAGAGCGAUGGCGAACUGAGUCAGAGUCUGUUAAGGCUUGGUAUAAGCUGAUGGCCAGUCGUGGGAAAGAAGAACAUGCUCGGAUACAUCCAGGAUAUAAAUAUACUCCGCAUAAG